ACGCAGCGCAGGUGCACAGAGGGCAGAGGGAGCGGGGACAAUGAGGGGAGUUGGGACUGAGAGUCUGAGGGACGGAGAGUGAAACCUCAAAUCGUGAGCGACUGAGCGUAGAGAAGCGGUGAAGGAUUUGUGAAAUGUGAACUUCAAAAGAAACAUAGUCCCAGAUUCAUAUAUAUUGAGGGACCGAAUCCAGUGUGCCGCAGCCUGGAUUAACUUAUUAUAUGGACGAAUAAUAAUUAAGUAACCAUAUUAAUCUAUAUAUAUAAUUUAAAUUAAAAUCAAUUUUUUAGUUCAGUUGUACUUUGGAACUGAAACCAAAACUGAAAUAAAAAAUUUAUACUUUCUAAAAUUAAAAUUAAAACUAAAUAUCAAAAAAUGGAACCACUUGUGAUUCCAAUUUGAUUUUGAUUUGAUUUUCAAUUUUUGGAUAAUUCUUGUACAUCCCUACUUUCAACACAUGUAGCCAGAGCUAGAGCCUCCAAAUCAACCCUAGCCCUAGCCCUAGCCCUAGCUAGAGGCUUUGACUCGGACCAGCACGUCCAAGCUUUAAUUCGAACCAAUAUGUAUAUAUAUAUAAAAUUCAAAUUUCUAUCCAAUUUUUAAUUCCUAAUUAUAAUAUAAAUAGAAGAAAAAGGGUGACGCUAAUAAUAUUAAGACAUUAGUCAAAGCAGCGCUGGUCGAGUAUGCGUUGAGAAGGAUUAGUUGACGGGAUCAGCGUGGAAUACCGCUGCAGUGACUACGGCCACGCCAUCGAUUUGCUUCCAUAAUAGCUCGAUCUUUCUGUUUAGGGUCUGGAUUUUUGUGAAACGAGAAUCCUCCAAACAUGGCACUGGCUGGUCUCUACAGACGAGUCCUCCCUUCUCCCCCCGCCAUCGAUUUCGCCUCCCCUGAAGGAAAGCAACUUUUCAUCGAAGCCAUUCAAAGUGGAACAAUGGAGGGUUUUUAUAGGUUAAUUUCUUACUUUCAGACACAGUCAGAGCCUGCAUAUUGUGGAUUGGCCAGCCUUUCCAUGGUCUUGAAUGCCCUUGCUAUUGAUCCAGGAAGAAAGUGGAAGGGACCCUGGAGAUGGUUUGAUGAAUCAAUGCUAGACUGCUGUGAACCUUUGGAGAAGGUUAAAGAUAAAGGCAUCUCAUUUGGGAAGCUUGUAUGUUUAGCUCAUUGUGCUGGAGCAAAAGUAAAAGCUUUUCGUACGAACCAAAGCACAGUAGAUGAUUUUCGUAAGUUUGUCAUGGCAUGUACAACUUCUGACAAUUGUCAUGUCAUCACAUCGUAUCACAGAGCAACUUUUAAGCAGACAGGAACAGGUCAUUUUUCACCUAUUGGUGGUUAUCAUGCUGGAAGGGAUAUGGCACUUAUUUUGGAUGUUGCACGAUUUAAGUACCCUCCUCAUUGGGUUCCACUCACUCUUCUGUGGGAAGCAAUGGAUAAUGUUGAUGGAACAACUGGACAGCAUAGAGGGUUCAUGCUAAUAUCUACGCCUCACAGAGCCCCUGGACGUCUUUAUACUUUGACUUGUAAAGAUGAGAGUUGGGUGGGUACUGCAAAGUACUUAAUAGAUGAUGUUCCUCUCCUCGUAAGUUCAGAGGAUGUGAAAGACAUUGGGAAAGUUCUUUUCAUUGUUUUUGCAUCACUGCCUUCAAAAUUUGGGGAGUUUAUCAAGUGGGUUGCAGAAGUCAGGAGACAAGAGGACAGUGGUCAGAGACUUAGCCAAGAGGAAAAAGGAAGGCUCGCGAUCAAGGAGGACAUAUUGAAACAAGUGCAGGAAACUGGUCUUUUUAAGCACGUUAGUGAAGUUUUAUCUUCAGCAAAUUCAUGUUGCAGAAGUAUUCCUACUUCAGGUAGCCGUGACUCUCUGCCUGAGAUUGCGGCAAGUGUUUGUUGCCAAGGUGCAGAAUUUUUCUCUGGGAAGUCUGGCUCCUCAGAUGGAUAUUGCUGUAAAGAAACAUGCGUAAAAUGCUUUAAGUCUAAUGGUGACAAACCUGUAACAGUGGUGUUUGGGAAAGUGAUAAAUGGUAACAGUGAGCAAGGAGUUGAUGUGCUGGUUCCUUCAUCUCAAAUUAAAAUGAGUUGCUGCAGCUCUGAACCAAGUAAUUGCAUUGAAAUGUACCCAGCAAGCAAUGAUGUUUUAACAGCUCUUUUAUUAGCCUUGCCUCAGUCAACAUGGUCUGGUAUCAAAGAUCGGAAGCUUUUGCAGGAAAUAUAUAACCUUGUUUCAACUGAAAACCUUCCAACUCUGCUUCAGGAAGAGGUUUUGCACUUGCGGCAACAACUUCAUCUUCUCAAGAGAUGCCAUGAUAACAAGGUAGACGACGAUCUUGGUGCACCUCUCUUUUAGCUCCCCAUCUGCCCCCAAAUUUUGUUCUUUUAGAUUUUUUGUUAUUGUAAGAAGAGCUUGUGAUUUCCUACAAUGUAAAAUAGAGCAUUUCUGAGCACAAAAUGUCUUAGAUGCAAGCUGCAGCAAUAGCUAUUUAUUUUUGGUCUUGUUAAGUUGUAUGUGGAGGAGCAGAAGUCUCUCGAGGAUUUAAAUCCUUGUGUCAAGAAGUAAGAGAUGAUCCUGGGAGAUCAAAACACCAUUCCCAAGAAGCAAGAGUUGUGUCUCAAAGGAGAUUGAAGUGCUCUUUGAAACAUAGGCAAGUCAUGUGCUGAUAAUAUUGAAAGAAUUCUAUCUUUGAUUUAUGCGCAAAUGCCCCCUUGUGUUCUAUAGUGAUUUUGAGUUGUGACAAGCCUGAAAAGUGUAUUUUGCAUUCAUAGAUAUGUAUAUUACUCAUUCACUGAAACAUUAUCAUCUCGAUAACUUUUACUUUUUA